AAAGACGUCCCCCCCUGCCCCCCGGGGGGGGCACGUCAGAGCCACCCUGAAGGAGCAGCGGAGACGAGUGCACUGUGCACUGAGGAGCGAGUCGGGAGAGGACUGCCGAGCGCACAGAGAGAGGUCGACCCCACCCAACCUCAGCAACCACUGGCAUGGCGACGGCGAGCACCUCGGGACAGAGCACCUUCGGGCUCGGCAGGAAAAAGAAGAACCCCGGGGUCAUGGAUCAGAUUACAAAGUUCUUCGGAGGAGGAGACAAAAAGAAGAGGAGCAAGGGUUCGUUCCGGGGUCACCUGGCCACUUCACCCCAGCAAUCCUCCGCUCGCCGCCGGACCAAUGAAAACGCUGUGGUUCACUUCUUCAGGAGCUUUGUGUCCUCUCCUCGUCCUAAAUCCAGGUGGAGAGACGCCCUGGGUUUGGCCUCGUCCCCGCGUCCCGAGAGCGCAAAGUCGCCGGUCAGGAGACGCAGAGACCAAAGCACACUGUCCAAGAUCUUCAACCUGUGAUGCUCUCACCAGAGACCAGGAGAAACCAAGUCCCGUCCACCCCCAAAACGCUGGAGCACCAUCUUCUAAGCCCUCGGCCGAGGACGAGGCCGCAGACCCGGCGGGACGAGGGGAAGGAGGGGAGCAGGCGGCGGACUCGCAACCUCCAGAAACGCUAACCCACUAACACAACCCCCCCCCCGUGUGUGUGUGUGUGUGUGUGUGGACGGUGACGUUGAAGGAACACCACCCCCCCCCUGCAGCUUGGCGCUCCCAUGGUGCUAGUGUCCAGCUGUCUGCGGCCUGUGUUUGCUUUUCCUAUUCGCUCCCCGUCGUGUGCGUUUUGUAGUCGAGUGGCGCCGUGUGACCGAGCGAUGUCCGUCUGUGGCUGCUGUGAAACGUUUGUCGCCAAGCAUUUGAAAACACAACUGGAAAUCUGCAGUAUAUGGACUAUAAUAUUGUGUUUAAUACUGUGCCAGCCACUGUUUUUGUUUCAUCGUGCUUUAGUGUAAUUAAUGCAGAUGUACAGUUUGAUGAAAUGAAUAAAAAGGCCCUUUUCAAAUGCACUGUUACGUAACCAAAGAACCCUCGUUGUUUCCUAUGUUGUAGCUUCUGCAUGGAUCUCGUUUAUUGUGAGUUAUCUGGCUGCAUCUUACAUUGAGUUUGAGGUUUUAACGUCCUUUGUGUUUCAUCCUGAAGAUGACGGUUGGUUUAAUGCGAUGGCGAGACAGGAAGUGGUUUGAAGGUUUGAGGUCGUGACCCCGAGGUGGGACGAGGAGUACUGAAGGUCGAAUUCAAAUGUUCUGACACGUAUUUUGUUUUGUUCAUAAUAAAUGACAUUGCCACUCUCGUUCGUACAUGUUUGUAUGUUGACUAACAGGAUGGGCAGUGGAACUGUAAAGGCUGUAUUUUUUCUGACGUCCUGUUUCCUUUUUAAUGCUCAGCCUAACUAAAAAUAAACACAUUGUGUCUCUCAGCUAUUAAAUGUUUUCAAAUCCGA